UCCUCAGCAGCAGCUAUGAACGCCUGCCGCUCAUUAUUGGAAGCGCCCAUCAGAGUCCGACUGGUGGGAAAAUAGAGAAGGAAGACGAGAGAGACUGAGAGAGAAGUGGGAAAAUAUUGGGAGGUGAACUGUGAGAAUCGCUCUGGACAGACGUCAGAGUCAGAGUGUGCCGCUACACAUUCAGUCAGUCACGAAUAAUCUGUUUACUUAAAAGCGACCGAGUGCUGCAAUAAGAGUUCAGUCAACUGGAAGCUGUGAUAGGUUCUGUAUUGUGGCGCUUAGUUUUGAAGCGCCUUCCUCAAGCAUGCACACCUUCGCCCUUAAUGUUGCGAUCUUCGCCGCAGCCCUGCUGUCAGCCGUCCAAUCGCAGCCUUUCCCCGGAGUAUCUACAGCUGGAUCAUCCGCUAAUGCUGGAGCAUUUUCGUCCUCCGGUACAGCAUUAAGACCUGGUCCAGAUGGUACUGGAUCAUUCGUAGCGCAGUCAGGCUUCAACCAUGACUUCUCGAACCCAUCGUUCCGAUCAGCAUCUUCAGGCAGCAGCAGUCCAUCGGGCUACUCAGGUGGCUUCGCGGGAGGAUCUUACUCGGGUGGCUCAUUUGGCGGCGGCUCAGGUGGCUCGUUCGGCUCAUUCGGCACUUCCGGCUAUCCUUUCCCCAACUUCGCUCCUGUUCCGUUCCCCUACUUUGCACCGGCUCAACCCUUUGACUUCUCAUCGUUUUUCCAGAACUAUAUCGCUUCCAUCCAGCGCUAUCACCAGCAACUGGCCGCUUCGGCACAGAAAGCAGCCGCUGACCAGGGGGGUCUGGCGCCUCAGUUGCCUCAGUCUCCGGAUAGCUUCGGCAACGAGCUGGGUACGGUAGCGGGAGCGGGCGCUUUCGGUCAGUACGGACCGCAGGGCGGCUACGGCCAGGCCUCAGUGUUCCCCGCCCCCUCACCCGACGUCUUCAACCGGUUCGGAGGGUCUCCACCCGUCUCGCAGUCCAGCGGACCCUUCCCUCCCCCCGGCGGCUCCUACUACGGCAUCUCGUCCUUCUCCUCAUCCGGCCAGUCGGACGUCAACGGCAAGAAGAGCUCCUUCAAGCAGUCGUCAGUCACCGUCAACGAUAAUGGAAAAGUCACCACCUACCAAGCCCAUGAUCCCUGAUAAGUUCCUCAUCAUCUGAUUAAAAUUUAUUUCAAUA